AAUUGGCGUAAUGAAUAUGCCAAUGGGCUUUGGUCUGGGCUCAGAAAGGAUGCAGCUGGAAAUUCCAGUGGUAGCUAGUAGCUAUGUACUCUGAUCAUUGAGCAAAUUAUUGGUCGUUCCCAUGUUUUGUGCAAAACAGAUUUUUUAAAUGAAAAAGUAGCAAAUCCGAAAACGUGAGAAUAUCAAUAUCAUGUCUUUCAUACAUGCACAAGGGAUCCAUUGCAAUUACUUGAAUCAGAUUAGCUCGCUAAACUACCGGUACCGUUAGCAUCACUUGUUCUGGUCGGCUGGUGGUUUGUCCCUGACUCGAUGUUUUUAUAUAAUUUAAUUCGUCACAGGGUAAAACAGUGGUGUUUACUCAAGUAGCUUGCUUACACUUUUUAAAAUGUUUAAGUGGUACAUAACUAGGUGAAACUAGCUUCAUUUGCUAACCCUCUCGCGCACCGCUAAAAGGGUUAGGAACUCUGCUGAAAUUACAUGAAGUUAUAACAUGCCUUGGGAUGACUCCUUUUGGAACUUUGGUGCAAAUGUUUCCGUUAGUAAACAUUGCGUCGUCCGUCACAUGUAUUUAAUUGUUAUGCGUUGUCCAUUAUUGCCUGCUGUGUAGCUAGUUAUGUUCGUUAGCUAUCGAUAGCUAAUUUAUGCAAACCACAGCUUGGAUUUUAAUUUGUUAGUAAACCAAUAAUGUUAGGUAAAUGAGUAUGACAUGCAUGGUACGCCGUUCUUUUGUGGCUAUUUGGUGAUACAAUGGAUUAUCAACAACUGGGAUAUGUUUGCUCACGCUGGCCACAUAUGAAACGUGAAUAUAUGGCUCUGCAGUUAAAAGGAAGAUAACCUCUUUUUUUUAAUGCCAAAUACUCCUGCAUAACUAAUCGAUUGCCAGCUAACAAUUGGAUGACAAAGAAGCACAUUCUGUGUGGAGAAGACAUUUAAAUGGACUUUAUUGCUUAUUUACGGUAUAUGCCAUCCGCCAAUACACCUUUAAACUGGUCUACUACUAUGGCGGUUAGUGGGGCGAGUCGUCUUUCCCAAACCGGGGACGUGGCUGUCUCGGGAGUGGUUCUGUCAGCUAUGCCUUUUUCCAACACGCCAGUGUCUGUCCGCCCCACACCAAAUGUGGACACCCGUGGCUGCGAGAAUGGUGACUUGAUGGACUCUUUUGGCAUCUUCCUGCAAGGCCUUCUAGCGAUGGUGGCCUUCAGUACGCUGAUGUUGAAGCGCUUCAGGGAGCCCAAGCAUGAGAGAAGGCCCUGGAGGAUCUGGUUCCUGGACACCUCCAAACAGGCCAUCGGUAUGCUAUUCAUUCACUUUGCCAACGUCUACCUGUCUGACCUCACAGAGGAGGACCCCUGCUCACUUUACCUCAUUAAUUUCCUCCUGGAUGCGUCUCUUGGAAUGCUGCUGAUCUAUGCCGGGGUGAGGGCCAUCAGUGCUAUCGUAGAGUGGAGGCAGUGGGAUGCUCUACGCUUCGGAGAAUAUGGAGAACCAGUGCAGUGUACUGCAUGGGCAGGCCAGUGUGCUCUCUACAUCCUUAUCAUGAUGUUUGAGAAGGUCCUGAUCAUCCUGGUCCUACUCAUCCCCCAGUGGAAGAAGCUGGCUCUCCUGAACCCCAUAAACAACCCUCAGUUGGAGCUGGCCAUCGUCAUGCUCAUCGUCCCGUUCUUCGUUAAUGCCCUGAUGUUUUGGGUGGUAGAUAACUUCCUGAUGAAGAAGGGACGGACAAAAGCCAAGCUGGAGGAGCGGGAGGUGGGGGAGGACUUGCGGGGCAACAGUAAGGUACGCUACAGGCGGGCACUCUCCCACGACGACUCAGAGUCUGAGAUCCUGUUCUCGGCUGACGAUGAGAUGGAUGACUCGGAGGAGGAGGAUGUGCGCCGACUCACUGGCCUCAAGACGGUCAAGAAGAAGAAGAAGCACCGUAUGGGGAUCCCUGUUUGACCUGGGCCUACCCAGUCUGACCUGGUCUGACCCACUCCUGUGUCUACUCACAUCCCCACUCUCUCCUCCUCCAGGGCCUGCUGCCCUGACUGGAGCCUGCUGGCAACCUGUACUUGAUUCUUCUAACAGCAGGCUGGCAUUGGUCUCUUUGUGGAGUCCGUAGGGGGCCUAUAUAGGGAGGUGGGAUCAUGGAAGACUGCAGACCAUGGAGCCUAUUGGACUGCCAUUACUACACAUCCACAUGGGACUCCUGCAGCCUCUGCACUGAGAAUAGAAACCCAUGGAAAGGAUUUUACUGCAGCUAACUACAUACCAUGUCUAAAGGAGAUUUCACCAUAGAUCUGUCACUGGUGUUUCAGUGACACUCGUUGGAGAAAUGAAUCUUUAUGUGUUUUGGGAACUUUUAGCACUGGUCUGUAAUAGGAAGGUUUGAGUUGGUGAUGCAGUGUAAUUGCUAGCACCCUAAAUAUCCUAUUAAAUGACUAUUCUAAUUCCUAAUUCUGUUCCAUACUGACUCUUCAGAAGUCCAGAAUGAUAUUACUUCAUCAGGUUAAACUGUGAAUGGGUGUUACUUUUUCUGUGGUUUAGCCGGUGACCAGUGUUCAAUGUAGACGGAGAGAACAGGCACCUGGUUCCCCCCCCCACCUCUGUCAUUUUAAUGUUUUAAUACUUUUGAUACUCUUCCGAAUCAGAAAGUGAUUGUAUUCCUCAUCUAGAUUCCAUAUAAGAAAUGGCUCACUGCUAUGGCCUGUUAUAGGAGUUGGUGGAGGAGUGUGUGUGUGUGUCUGUCUGUGUGGACUUUUCCAUUCAUGCAUGGCUAAGGGAAUGUAGGAGGUGUGGCUUGAUGCUCCAAUGGAGUCAUUGCUCUGUGAAGAUGCAGUGUUUUAUAAUAACCACAGCACUCACGUUUCUAACUGUUUCCACUUCUACCUGACUGUAGAGGGAGGACGGGUCAAGACGGUGCAGCUUGGGCAUGUGUCUCCACAAUGAAUCACCCAACCUGGACCCAAGGGACUGAAACCCUCAUUUCAAGCCCACCCAUUGACCGUUUAGGUCUAUAGGCCUGGCUCGGAGCCUUCUCUUCCUGUCUCUGUGUAUGACCGUUAACUGGGAUCUCUUCCAUUACUUAUUUAUUGUUUUAGGUGUGUCCUGAUUUAUUUUUUACAGUAAGUUAUUUUGGGCCAAAACCAUGAUGAUCCCCAGCCUACUAAGUGUUUUUCAUUCCGAGACGGAGUAGAUAUGGGACCUGAGGGUGUGUCCUCACAACCAACGGGGAAAAAACUCUCCGCUCUUGCACAAUUCCCAGUUAUCACUGGUCUAUGGAUGUUCUUUGUGUUCAUUCUUUGUUUUCGACAAUGUGCCUAUGUGAACUUACCGUGUUUGUGAGUGUUAAUUUUGUGCCCCAGAGCUUUAAACUUGCAGUAGCAUUCAGUUGGUUUGACAGAAGCACAGACCUAGAGUUUGAGUGACUCUAGGUCAGCCUGCAGUACAGUGCAGGUAUGUUUGUAUGAGUGUGUUUGUCUUAAUCCUCCUGUUCAAAGUAAGGAGUGGGGAUAAAGUAAAUGUGAUGAUGACCAUGGUGCUGAAGAUGUUGAACGGUUUGACAAUGAUUGUUGUUGGCUGAUACUUAGGAAUAAAUGACAGUAGGGUUUGGUAAAUGGGUGGUACAGCAUCAUUAAACACUUCUGGUUGCCCUCUGCUCAACAGAGAGGGCUUUUAGUAUUUUGAAAAAAACAACUAGAUCAUUAAAAUGACUGAAAAAUGAAGGACUUACAUUACCAUUAUAUUUGCUUUUGCAAUAAAUUUAGUAAAACACUGAAAUAGCAUAUUUUUUUUAUUU